ACAGACAAAUUGAGGCAAAAAGCAACAAGUUGUGAGAUGUUGACAGAUCCGCGAAGCAGAGCCAUUUCAAUCACAUCUCACUCAUGAAGUCCCGAUUAAAGUGAUUCAAGAUUCUCCAGAAAGACAACAAACAUAUCUACAACUUCGACUUUGUGAGUUUCUGCAAAUUCAAGCUGCAUCUUAAAACUAUUGUCGAAGUCGGAAGAUGCAUGGAGGACAAGGACAAACGAGAGUACAAAUCAUCCCAGCUGCAAUUUAUCUAAGGUACAAGUCGAACAAGCAGGGACUAAAACCCACAACUUUGAAACCAUAAGAACAAGAGUAGCAAUUUUUGACAAACUACAGGGACUAAAAACGUAACUUCCACUAAAAAGUUGGGAAUGCUCUUUGUGGGGUUUUGAAUUUUGAAGAUCGAGUUGAGAACAGAGAGCAAAGGAGGCAGUCGGAUCUCUCGUUUAACACCGGCAAAAAGGAAACAAAAUCUUGCAAAAAAUAGAAGAUGAUCGGUUUUCGGUUAUUUGAGGAUUCGAUCGGCAAUUGCAGAGAACAGAUUCAGAAAACCCUAAUUCGCACUAUUGCAGAGAGAUGUCGUGCUGGCACAAUUGAGGUAUUCGGUCGUAAUCGCGACCGGAAAAGAUUGCAGUUUACAGGGAAACGCCGCCGCGUACUGGCGGUGGAAGGGCGGAAGAUCACCGGAGAUGUUGCAAUGCAGUUGUUGAAGGUUGUGAUCAAAGAGAGAAGCAUUGUUGCUGUUGCUUGUGCUACAUUUUUGAGUUCAAUGGCAAUGGUUUGGGUUGCUUAAAUUAUAAGUUCAACUA